CGACAGGGAGAACAAUUGGGAAUUCGAUCAGCUGGGAUGGCAAAAGGCGUCGGUAUGCCUAUGCCAUAGAAUUCAUGACCACCUCUUUACAGAUGUCCGAUCCAAGUCACUUAGUAACGAGAGCUGAACAAUAAGACUGGCGUCGGCAAUACUGCCCCGGCCAGACGCCUAUCUCUCGUCGGGGUUGAGACGUCGACGGUCCAAGCCCCCUGUACGGAUAUAAAGAGUGCUCUCUUCUCCUGUCUCCUGCGCAUCCACUGAAGAUGCGCGAAGUAAGGCAAUGAUCAGAAUGUACGAAGGGGUGUGUGGCACGAAUGCACAACUGCGAUACCGGUCGUUUGACAGGCAAGGAAAAGGGCGUCGUGCGAUGUUGGCCGCUGCGUACGGCAUCAAGCCGCAUGGUGGUUCCCUCGACGCAUGAUAGUACUGAGAAUACAGGCCAAGCAAACCUGCUCAUUAUCGACAUCGCUCCUGCAAACGGUUCGUGAUGGAUCCCUGAAAUCAGGGCUCCAAGCUGCUAAGGGCCACAUGUUAUGCGGACAAAUGUAUCCACGAGGUCGGUCAAACUGACUAUGACCGACAUCGUCUCUGUAAAUGGUUCGUGAAGGAUCCCUGAUAUCAGGGCUUCCGGGCGGUUACUGAAUAAGCUGGGAAGGGCUAGCCGUUACGUGGAAGAAUGCAGUCACAAGGUCUGUCCGAGAGGUUCAAACACAUGACCCAUACGUGAAUCAAAGGUCGUAGUGUAACCGUCGUGGCGUUAUGAGUGAAGUACGUGACGUGUACUUCAUGUACUUGACUCAUAGCUCUAUCAUGGUUUCACUCGCAUAUGUGUAUCGUGGCUGAAAGCCGAGGCAGUACCGACUAUUAUCGACUACAUACUAUUCCUUCGCGAGACAUCGUAGACGCUGCUUUGACAUUCAUCAGCUAGCGCGACAGGAUACGAUACACUAAGUCUAAUUAUAACAACACCAACGACGCAUCGAC